GUAUUGUGACCAAAAACAAAGUAUUUUGUUCGUGCCUUAGUUUCUCUUCAAUGGACUCCAAGUGCGUCCAGUUUUUCCAGAACAAGACGAUUCUCAUCACCGGUGUUCCUGGUUUCCUUGCCAAAGUGUUUUUGGAGAAAAUAUUGAGGGUACAACCAGACGUGAAGAGGCUUUACCUUCUCUUGAGAUCAACAGACAAUGAAUCCGCCAUGGAACGGUUUCGCACUGAGGUUUUGGAAAAAGAUCUUUUUAGAGUGUUGAGGAACGAUUUAGGUGAUGCAAAUUUGAAAAUAGUGUUAAAAAAAGUUGUCCCGAUUCCGGGUGAUAUUUCUGUUGUCAAUCUGGGACUGAAGGACUCUGAUCUCUUACAACAUAUGUGGAAUGAGAUAGAAAUCAUUGUAAAUGUUGCUGCCACAACGAACUUCGAUGAAAGAUAUGAUGUUGGUCUUAGCAUCAAUACAUUUGGACCGCUCAACGUCCUCAACUUUGCCAAGAAGUGUGUUAAAGGACAGUUGCUUCUCCAUGUCUCCACCGCGUAUGUUUGUGGAGAAAAGCCUGGAAUCUUACCAGAGAAAACAUUCAAAAUGGGAGAAACGUUGAACUCUAAUGGAAAAUUAGUUAUUGAAACUGAAAUGGAGCUAAUGAAGCAGAAGCUGAAAGAACUGCAGAAACAAGAAUGUUCCGAAGAAGAGAUUGCACAGUCCAUGAAAGAUCUUGGAAUGUCAAGGGCGACGCUUCAUGGAUGGCCAAACACAUAUGUGUUUACCAAAUCAAUGGGAGAGAUGCUUCUUGGUAACCAUAGAGAAAACCUUCCUCUCGUUAUCAUCCGUCCCACGAUGAUCACUAGCACUUUUUCAGAACCGUUUCCCGGUUGGAUUGAAGGGCUAAGAACCAUAGAUAGUGUGAUUGUUGCAUAUGGCAAAGGAAGGCUUAAAUGUUUUCUUGCGGAUUCAAACUCAGUCCUUGAUCUUAUACCUGUGGACAUGGUCGCUAAUGCAAUGGUCAUGGCAGUGGCAAUACACGCCGGGAAGUCAGGCUCUCAGGACGUGUACCAUGUCGGCUCCUCUUGUAAGAAUCCAAUAACAUUCGGACAGCUUCACGACCUCGCGGCUCGUUAUUUUACUAAAAGCCCUCUUGUUGGACGAGACGGGUCACCAAUCAUAGUCUCCAAAGGAACGAUCUUGUCCACUAUGUCUCAGUUCAGCUUCUACAUGACCCUUCGUUACAAGCUACCUUUGCAGAUGUUGCGAUUGAUAAACAUAGUUUAUCCAUGGUGGAAUGGAAAUAAAUACAAAGACAUUGACCGCAAAAUAAAGCUGGCGAUGCGGCUUGUCGACCUCUAUCGACCUUAUGUGUUGUUUAAGGGAAUAUUUGACGAUAUGAAUACUGAGCGAAUGAGGUUGAAAAGACAAGAAAUCAAUAAAGAAAUAUAUGGUUCACUUGAAUUUGACCCCAAGUCUAUUGAUUGGGAAGAUUACAUCACGAACAUUCAUAUUCCCGGCCUCAUUACUUAUGUACUACAAAAUUGAAGCUUCUAUGCAAUAAUUUCUUUUAUAUUAUACUACGGUCGGUCCGAACUACGCGCAGAUUA